AUGAGUUGUGUGUAUCCCCGUCCGGCAAAUGCUGCCGUACCACCGCAACCACCUCCGCCAGCAGCCGAACCUGCGGACCUCGCGGCUGCAGGUGAAGCUGGACAUGCGGGCUUGACAGAGGCGGAGAAAGCCGCGGCUGCGCAAAUGAAACGUGAAAUGUUUGCCUACAUAGAGCGGCAUCUUAAGAAUGAUGGUGAAUUCCUGUCCGACCAGGAGCUUGCGUAUGCAAGCGGUCUCUCGGAGCUUCWAGCCAAGUUCGACGUACAGUUGAGGCGCAGUAAAGAGACUGUGGACAAUCUGAAGACGCAAGACGAAGAGCAACGGAGAAGAAAACUCCAGUUCCAGCAUGUUACUCCCCUACCAAUACUGGAAAUGUCACUUCGCGACGGCGACGUCGCAUCUCUAAUGCACGAGUUUGUGUGGAGUUCUUGUGGUACAACCUUCACUAUCAUGCUCGAAAUGCCAGAUUCUCCUUACGAAGACCUCAACACCCCUAUGGAGCAACUCAAGGGUGUUCUCUCGGAGAUUAGUAGCAGCUACAAACUCUGGAAAUUCGAGGGCCCUCUUAGCCCAGGAGACAUCAUCGAUCUCGUCCUUGAGCAGUGGCAUGAGUGGUACCAAACAGGRGCAUACGAGAUACCGUACAAGGAACAUGUCGAGAGCUUGUUGGGACUCGUAAAAGAAUGCCACCGGGCGGAGACGGAGGAGGAACGUUACAAUACAGCUUGCAAUUUGACAAAAUUUGUUGUGUUCAACAGCUGUUGUAAAAUCUUGAGAAGGCUCGAGUUUGGCGUGCGUGGUUUGAAGACUGGAUACCGGGAAGAAAACGGACAGCGAUGGCUCUUUGACAUCCUCACGACUCCCAUCCGUGAUUUUCCGGAGCGUGCUCAUCGCCUACCAUGUGUCGACCCCACGCCGACACUAGAACAGUCCGUGAAUCAACAUCGAAUGCUCGUACAUUUCUGGACCAACCAGGGUGUGAAGUUUAAGCCUCAGACCAGCCUGCCGAUGCGUUCGGUAUACGACGUCGAGGGCAGGAAGUUAUUCCACGGCAUGCUAUCGAAACGACUGCUAGGCAUCCGAAAACAAGCAGGAGAGCUCAUUAGACUCAUCCACGCCAUCAAAGCAAAUCCUACCGAAGAAGAGCUCAAGGCCACUUCUGCCACUUCUGCCACCCCUGCGAAAGAGAAAAUCAAGUUUGCGGUAUACAGGCUUUCGCGGGAGAUUCGUGGCCUGUCGGAGAUCCACCUCAACUUUGAGGCGAUUCUCUACGUUCAUUUGAAAUGGCUGUCGCAAGUCACUGGCGCUACAUCUGCGUAUGAUGAGCCAGACUUCGGCGAGCACAUCAAUGACUCAAAUCUCAACGAGAAGGACGACCCGGCCAGCUCAUCCUCACCAGUGAGGGCACUUGUCUGUACUAACCCGAGCAGCUCGGCCAUGAUCACCCUUGAUGACGAGGAGCUUGAGAUAGAUAACCAAGGCGACCCACGAUUUCUCCCUAAAGACGCCACGCCACACGAUCAAUGGGCCAUGAUCGCAAAAAAGUACCUUUUGCAAAUUUCCGACCACGAUCUCAAAGUUAUCGAAACGGUAUCAUUCAACGCAGAGAAAAGAUCACCGGAGCAGAAGAGAAGAUCGAACAUGAUCGACCUCCUCAAUCUCCACAUUGUGACUGUGAGAAAGCAGAGGAAGCAUCGACGCACCCUUUCACUCAACGAAUGCUUGGAUAGAGUGGUGAAGAAGAGCCUGAAAGCUCCACCGGGUAGAGAAGCGAGACUGGAUCGCCGUAAGCUGCAGUCAAUCUUACACAAGAUGGAUCGAGGACAAUCCAAACAGCUGCCGUUCUGGAAGAGAUGCCUGACACGACUUUGCGGGAAGGUGACCACAACAAUCCGACCAGAGUCCAGUAUAACCCCACACCACGAAGCUUCCGCCAUGGCGCUCGCAGCAUGUCUCAACGGCCGGCAAAUGCGAGAAAACAUCAUCAARUCAUGCACAGAGGGCGAUGUUCGCACCGCGUUUGAUUUCGAGGCGAAGCGAUUCAUCAGUUUGAGGCAUCUCUGGAGAUCUCUCCCACAAGUGCAGUUCGAUUCUACGAGACGGUGUUGUCCUGCGUGCUGGAUCAUGGUACGAAUCGGUCAUAUCAUGCAGGUAAAUGUUGCGCAGAUUCCUCCUUCGGCCGAGCCGGGCUAUCAUACUUUGUGGGAGAAGAUUGAGUUGCCGAUUUGGACGCCGAGGGCUAUGGGGGAGGAUAUUAUUAAAGAUAUGGAGCUGGAGGCUUUUGCUAUUAUGGGGAGGGUCCAGACUGAUCAUGAUGGGCAAGGUGGAGGAGAAGUAAUGAAUGUCGCUUGA